GCGAAAGUCGACUGUUGUCGUUCUCAUAUGCACGUGAGCACACGUGAUGCUAGAGAGCAGACGCGCUCUCUGCUUGCUGAGGACAUCAGCCACGCGUUGCGCGCGUGCGCGGGAUUAAUUCAUCGGGAGCGCGGAGCCGAUUCACCGACGCUGUCUGCUCUCUCGAGCGCGUUCGUCUCCUCUAUCUGCCCGUCCGUCUGCGCGUCUGCCUGUCCGGAGAAGGGCCGGUAGUUGUGGGGGGGGGAAGAGAGGCCGCCUGGAGCGAGAGUCACCCGCUGCGAGAGUCUGCAGGGAUCCGUGGCCCCGGGCCACCCAGGGAGUAAGGAGGAGGCGGAGGAAGAGGAGAAGAGAGAGGUGGCGGAGAGCGCAGAGGGCUCAGCGAAGUGCCCGCGUCCCCACACGUCCGCCUUCAAUUGUUCACCAGACGCGACAGCCAGUAGCCCCCUUGGGCCCCCUCGUGGUCCCGCGGGGUCCCCACGGGGUCAUGUGGGGGUGGCUGAGACCCUUGACGGGAGGCGGCGAGGCCGCGGGGGGCCCCUCGUGGCGUUCCGCCCAGCGGGACCACGGUGACGCCGUGGCCGAGCUGCUCAUGCUGGAGCUGAGUGGGGCCGUGCGGGACGCUGAGCGCACGACGCGGGCGCGGGAAGCCGAGUUCCGACGCCUGCGCUCCGGAGUGGACUACAGCUGGCUCGCCAGCCCCCCGCGGCCCCCAACCCUGGAGUUGCCCCCCGCGGAGCGCAUGGCCCUGGAGGCGCUAUGCGCCCAGGUGCGGCCCGCGGACUGCGGCCCAACCAUCCUCAGGUUCCGCCAGACCGUGUGCGAGUUCGAGGCCGAGCCGGCCGAGGUGGUGGGGCUCUUCCGCAACGUGGUGCGCGAGGCCGUGGACCGGGCCCACAGCGAGGAGGCCCUGCACCGUCUCUCCAAACAGUGGGGGCCCUCGCGGCGUGGCCGCCCCCUCGCCUGGGCCUCCGCGCUGCUGCUGCCCCGGUCCCCGGCCCGCAUCCACCCGAGCGACGCCGCCACCGCUGAUUCCAUCAUCCGCUCCAUCUCGGAAGACGUGGAGCGCGGCGGGGGCGCGGCGCGCGUCCUCUGCGCGGCGGAACGCGGAGGGGACCCGUUGCAUGAGCCGCCCCCUAAGCGCGCUUUCAGCAUGCCCGAGCUGCAGCGCGGUGCGGCGCACAGCUGAGGUUGGCUCCGUGUGUGUGUUGUCUUUUUGUGUGUGUGACUUUGUGUGUACGAUUGUGGGCAUGGGGCGCGGUGGCGCAGCGGUUAGCGCGCUGCGCCACGAACC